GUGUCAAGAUAGUCAAAAUUUUCGGCUGAAAUUCAAAAUGUUUUUACGCAGAUAAAUGCAUUUGCUAUCAGGCAAAAGCUUAUGUUAUUACAUUACGCAAGUUGCGGCUUAAAAUUACGAGAAAUGGAAACAACGGAUGCAAACGGAGCACUUGUACCAGAAUGUAUAGAAAUAAAAGAAGAGCUGGAAAUUAUUGACAAUGAAGACGUCUGCAUGGAAAUUGUCUGUGUGAAGGAAGUAAAUAAUUCCAAUCCACCUCCUUUAGUUACAAUUCGGGAUGAAAGCCCGGAACCAAAUAGUCGAAAAUCAAGCCAAAAUCUAGUCGCACUAAAAAAUAGUUCACGAUUGAGGGAAAAAAAGGUUUUGAAAGGAGAACCGAGUUCAAGUUGUCGUGAUAAGUUGAUAAAUCCAAACCCUAAAAUAUCAGGAACUUCAAAGAGGUAUGAUAAACUAAAAAAGGUUGAAUCGAACACGUCAAAAAAACCGAUUCCAGUUGGUCUCGAAAAUAAUAGAAAAGCCGUGCCAAAGUCGUUACAAAGUCAGGAAGCUUACAGAAUACUGAAGAACUCUAAAAUUCUAGAAAAUAUAAUAAAAAAGAAAAAAACCGAAAAGGGGCCCUUAGUACGAGGACCAGCCCCUGACGAUUUUAUUAAAACUGAAUUGGAUAAAAGACGAGAACUUAACGAAGCUGUUUAUCAAUGGUUUUUACGUGAAAGGUAUCGGGGUACACUUGUCAAUGAACCGAUGAUACAGCAAAAAGCGAUUGUUUUGAAACAGAAAAUUGGAGGAUGUGAAUUCACUCCGACGAACGAGUGGCUUCAACAGUGGAGAUUGAGGUACAACGUUCGUCUAUGUUCCGAUUCUGCGACAGAUGACAAAGCAGCCUUGGGAUUUAUUCAAGACUUGAAAGAACUAAUUCGGCAUGAAGAUUUCAGAUCAGAUCAGAUUUUCAGCUGCGGCGUAACCGGUCUCAAUUAUCGACUGCUACCUACCAAAAAACUCGACAUGAAGCUCACAAAAGAGUGCAUUACUCGCUACUGGGAAAACUCGGAUCGUUUGUCAUUCAUGUGUUGUAGCAAUACAUCCGGUACACUUAAAUUCCCCCUGAUGAUCAUUGGCACCUCAGAAGUGCCAAAAAGAUCGAGAGUCGCACCCCAAGAUCUUGCAGUUUAUUACAAACAGCACCCUAAAGGCUGGAUAGAUUCGACAAUUUUCAUUGGAUGGUUCCAAUCCGUUUUCUGCCCCACCGUGAUAAAGCAUCUAAAAAAGAACGGACUCCCGAGAAGGGCGCUCUUGAUCCUCGACAUUGCACCCUUUUAUCCUCCAAAGAGGAUUCUCGAGAAUGAUAAAGUCACGAUAUUCUUUCUACCUAGUAAUGUCAAGUCGGUGAUUUUGCCGAAUCAGCGAUUUUUAGAGUCGAUAAAAACACGAUACAGGUUCCAUCUUCUCACCAAGAUUUGCCACUCGAAUUCUCAAGAUUUUAUCCAGUGCUUGAAGGAAGUGAAACUGGUCGAUGUAUUCAAUUUGCUUGCGCAAGCUUGGAAUGACGUUACCAUGGUCAAGGACACCUGGAAUCAUCUGUUUUCGCCCUCGUUGGCUUUCAACAUAUCCAAGUUGAAGUGCGACAUUGGAUACGAUAAAUUCAAGAUUGUUAAUGGUAACUCUUUCUGGAUGAAGCAGCUCUUCAACAUUUGCAGCACGAUCGAUGAUUUGGAGAAUGUCUGCAGAACGGAUGUUGAACUCUGGUCCGAGAGAGACGAUCAGACGAUGUGUUCGUUUGAUGAUCAGAAUGUGAUUGAGUAUGCGCAGAAUAACAUGAUUAAUAACAAAGCUGUCGUAUUGUUGGACGAUCUUGAAGAAAUGCCGGACAAAAGUCUCACGGAGAACUUUGAAACUGCUCCGAUGAUUGUUGUCGAGGCGGAGACAACGGCGAAGGAGGCGGAGAGCGAGCAGAGUGAUAUUCAGAAUAUUAUCAGUGCCAAUCAGUGCCAACAGUAUUUAACGGAAGUGAUGAAUUACUUUAAAAAUCACAGUUUCGCGACGCCAGUUGCGGAAAAAGAUAUUGAGGCGCUGGAAAGACUGCGCGACAAAGCUCCCGAAGCCAAAUUGGCGAAUUAUUGCUUUAUUGAUUGUGGAUCUUCGAGUGUUAAUGAGAGGUGACGAAAGACGAAAAAACGUUAGCUCUAGGUUGGGAAAAUUCAGUUCUUGAAGAUUUUUCUACCUUGUCCUGAUGAUUCAUUUUCCUUUGAAUUGACUUGUUUGUAUCUGGACUCUAGAUUACUUAUCAAUAAAUGUUUAAUACGUUUUUUUUU